AAACUCACAGUACCUAUUCUCAUAUUUCUCCCCCAAUUCUCCAUUUUCUCAAUUUCCCCCAAUUCUCUAUUUUCCCCAUCAUCUCACAUUCAACUCCAGAAAUUCACAGUACUUAUUCUCAGAAAAUCACGAAAAAAAAUCAGUCAAAAAUUCGAAGAGGAAAAUAAGCAAAUAAUUACGAGGAAGUAGUAGACGAAGGUGGUGGCUGAUAGCGGCAGUCAGGCGGUGGUGGCGGCAGUCAGGCGGUACAUACGGUCUCAAUUUCAUUGUUUCAUGUCCCUUCCUUGAGCUGAUUGCUCGAAAUUCUCUUCAAGGGCUGCGACAACUCUGACUUUUGUCCAUUUGAAGUUUUCAAGGAAAGGAUACUUGAGCCUCAUAUGAAGGAUGAUUAUCAGGCCAUCUGCACGGUGAAGGAUGUUGUGCCAGAGCCUGCAUACAACAAGUUUUCAUCGCUGUUUGGUUGGCUGUUCUCCUGGCAGGGUAAUGCAAAGGAUUCUGACAAAGCCGACUUAUAAUGGGCCUCAUUUUUAUAAAGGGGUUCAGCCUACUCUUGGAUUUGAUACUCUAUCUGAACAAGUCAUCAUUUAAUUUUCAGCUGCUGGAUCCAUAUAGCGGAGUCUUUUUUUUUGUUGAUCCAUUAUUAUUAGAGUCUUGGAUUAUUAUUUUGCAGUUUUUUUGUGUUAGAAAACUCGAAAUGCCAUCUAGAAGAAUUGUAAAGGAGCUUAAGGAACUGGAAAGAGAUCAACCUAGUUCUUGUAGUGCAGGUCCAAUUGCACAAGAUAUGUUCCAUUGGCAAGCAAGAAUUUAUGGUCCAAACGAGAGUCCUUAUGCAGGAGGUGUUUUCCUUGUGAACAUCCAUUUUCCACCUGAUUAUCCCUUUAAGCCUCCUAAGGUGGCCUUUAAGACGAAGGUAUUCCAUCCAAAUAUUAAUAGCAAUGGGAGUAUUUGCCUUGAUAUACUAAAGGAGAAAUGGAGCCCUGCACUCACCAUAUCCAAGGUGCAUGGGGAGCUAAAUGGAGCUGAAGUAUAGUGACUAGUCAUCUAACAAAUGGUGCAUAUAUGUUGGCGACUCUUAUUUAAGUUUCGACUUUGUGAAGAUUUGGAAAUUCCGGCUUAUAUAUAUAUGUUGACAAUUUGUAUUUUGGACGAUAAAUUAAUUAUAUAACUUUUAUUUUUUAUUAGUAGGGUAUGUUAUACCUAAACAAGCAAGUAAUAUUUUGUAAUGUUCGUAUUUCACAUUAUAAUUAUUAUAUAUAAAUGAUACAUUGUUUCUGUUAGUAUAUUUAGAUUUGUACGGACUAAUUAUACAUAUAUUAUAUUACCAUUUCAUCCCAACAAAAAAAAAAAAAGAAACCAAUGAUCAAUCCGUUGCAGUAGAUACGUACUCCUAUCAAUGUAUUAAUUAGCUUCAUCCGUUGCAAUAGGUUCAAUUUCAUCAUAAUUAUUAGUCAGUACUCUAUUGCCACGGAUAAGUUAUGCCGUUGCAACAGGUAUUGGUCUAUUGCCACGGAUCAUUGGUGCCGUGGCAUUAGGUGUCAUAUGCCGUUGCAUUAGACCUACUGCAACGCCAGCAGAUGCCACGGUACAUGGCCGUUGCAUUAGACCUAAUGCCACGGAUUUUGACGCCUAAUGCAACGGAUUUGGGGGU